AUGGACUCACAGCAACUUGUCUCUGGAGGUCAACCGACUUCAAGUGAAGUGGACCGCAGCGCUCAACCCUACCGAGGCUCAUGUGACCCUUGUAGGACGAGGAAGGUUCGAUGCUCCGGCGAGCGUCCCGUUUGCUCCAGAUGCGCUUCCGCGAACAAGGACUGUUGUUAUUCAUCCCGUAUGCCACUAGGGAGACCCAGAUCCAAGCGCAAGCAACCGACUUGUCCCCAACGGCCUGUAACUCACCCAGUUUCACGUGAGAACUCCACGUCGCCUACCAAUCGCGUAGCUGCCUCACCUGAAUCGCAUGGAGAUAUCGCAACGGUCCAACCGGACCAAUUCACUUUUCUGACUCAGCUCCGAUCGGGACAGGAUGGUGGUCUGCCGUACUGUACACCUAUGACCGAAAGAAAUCGCAUUGACCACAUGCCUCCACACCAGUUAUACCCCGAGCCGGACAGGGAUUUGCUUGCGGCUACUGUUAGCCAGCCAUCAACAAAUACAUGCGCAUGUCUUUCUGAACAAUAUCUAUUGUUAGAACAGCUUCGCCUUAAAUCUCAGCUAAUCGUCCCAGAAGACCUGCACUUGCUGCGUGAAACCGUUCGAAAAGCAUUUAUGAUUCUGAAUUGCCAGCACUGCCCAUUACGCUAUUUUGCGAUCAUUCAAAAUUCCGUCAUUUUGGAGACAAAACGUCUCGACAGUAACGGCGAGCAUAAGCAAGUGCGAUUUUCUAACGUCGAUCAAGAUGGUUCAUACCAUGCCAAUCUGCUAGGCCACACUUCUUUAUUCUCGGUGAAUCUUGUGCCUACAGAAUGGAGAACCAUUAUGCGCAAGGUUCUGAAAGCAGAGAUAUUCGGCAGCGUCAAACGAGCUGGCAUCGGGACCCGCCUGCGCCUGAUUGUCCCCCUUCUUACCGGACGAGCUGCCAGCUUCCCGACAGGGUACCAACCUGUCUUCGAUUAG